AUGUAUGACCUCCUCACUGUUCUCAUGAACUAUUUCAUCAUUGCAUUCAUGUAUGACCUCCUCACUGUUCUCAUGAACUAUUUCAUCACUGUUCUCAUGUAUGACCUCCUCACUGUUCUCAUGAACUAUUUCAUCACUGUUCUCAUGUAUGACCUCCUCACUGUUCUCAUGAACUAUUUCAUCAUUGUUCUCAUGAACGACCUCCUUACUGUUCUCAUGAACUAUUUCAUCAUGUUCUCAUGA